CCCUUGCAUCCGGGCCAGUCGCUAUAAGGGCCCGGCCGCGCCUGCGCACUGAGCUUUCCGUCGUUCGACCUCUGCUACAGCCGGAGCCGAGGUGGGUGUGGGACGUGCCGGAUCGCAGCUCGGACAAGGCCCCGGGACGUCGCUCCAGCCCUGGAAGAUGUUCGCCUGCUUGAAGCUCGCCGCCUCUCCCGCCCUGAUCCGUGAUGGAUCAAAAGCCUUGUACAGACCAAUUUCUGCAUCUGUAUUUUCUAGGCCAGAGGUCCGGACUGGAGAGGGUAACUCAAUACUUAAUGGGGUACAGAACACUGUAUUGCAACUAGCACAUAGAGAGUUCCAGACUAGUGCUGUCAGCAGGGACAUUGACACUGCUGCCAAAUUUAUUGGUGCUGGUGCUGCCACAGUAGGAGUGGCUGGUUCUGGUGCUGGUAUUGGAACAGUCUUUGGUAGUCUAAUCAUUGGUUAUGCCAGAAACCCUUCUCUGAAGCAGCAGCUGUUCUCAUAUGCUAUCCUGGGAUUCGCCCUGUCUGAAGCCAUGGGUCUUUUCUGCCUGAUGGUUGCUUUCUUAAUCCUGUUUGCCAUGUGAAGAGAGAUCUGCUUGUAAUGUUGGCAUUAGUAAAUUACAAAUGUAAUUCUGUGCAUCUUGCUGGGACUCUCAAAAUGUUGGUGUUGUGGAAAUGUACAUUAUUUCCAAAGUCAUGUCAUUAAAGACCAUCUUUAACUGUCUA